CAGGCACCUCCAUUUCCUCUCCUCUCGCGCCGCCCUCGCCCUCGGCCCGCCCUCCCCGCCUGGCGCCGUGAGGCUGUUUUUCCACCCGCUGGUGCGCAUUCCAUCCCACUGUUUGCUUCUCUCUUUCUGGAGUUAAAUUCCUCUGAAGACGCCACCGGCCCCAGGCCCUGCUGGUCCCAAACAGGGGCCCUGCUGGUCCCAAACAGCAGCUCCCGUGCAGAGAAGAGUGGGAGGACGCCUGGGCGGCAGGCACUUUGGGUGGGGCAGCUGCCCCGCUGCCGCCUGUCCUGGAGGCCACUCGGAGAGCGCAACACUGAGGGAGCCAAGGCCACAGGUGCCUGCAGCUGGCCCCAGGAAGAGAGCAAGGACCGGAAGGAUUUAUCCUUUUGUUCACAGAUGAGGAAACUGAGGCCUAGAGAAAAGUCAUGAAGAGGAAGCCCCAGGCCAGCCGCUGCAGUAGGGCUGGGAUGGCCCGGCCGUGCCCUGCCUUCAGCUGCCCACCAGCCUGCACCCCUUCCUAGCCCCACGGGAACCAGCAGUCCCACUCAUCCCGCCUCCUCUCCUGCAGUUGGUCCCCCAGCUGACCGGCCACCAUGGCUGCCCUGAUCGCAGAGAACUUCCGCUUCCUGUCGCUCUUCUUCAAGAGCAAGGAUGUGAUGAUUUUCAACGGGCUGGUGGCACUGGGGACAGUGGGUAGCCAGGAGCUGUUCUCUGUCGUGGCCUUCCACUGCCCCUGCUCGCCAGCCCGCAACUACCUGUACGGGCUGACAGCCAUCGGUGUGCCCGCCCUGGCACUCUUCCUCAUCGGCAUCAUCCUCAACAACCACACCUGGAACCUAGUCGCUGAGUGCCAGUACCGGAGGGCCAAGAACUGCUCGGCUGCCCCCAACUUCCUCCUUCUUAGCUCCAUCUUGGGCCGUGCGGCCGUGGCCCCCGUUACCUGGUCUGUCAUCUCCCUGCUGCGCGGUGAGGCUUACGUCUGCGCUCUCAGCGAGUUCGUGGACCCCUCCUCUCUCAUGGCAGAGGAAGGAGGCUUCCCACCAGCCCACGCCACUGAAAUCCUGGCCAGGUUCCCUUGCGGGGAGGGCCCUGCAAACCUGUCAGGCUUCCGGGAGGAGGUCAGCCGCAGGCUUAAGUAUGAGUCCCAGCUCUUUGGGUGGCUGCUCAUUGGCGUGGUGGCCGUCCUGGUGUUCCUGACCAAGUGCCUCAAGCAUUACUGCUCACCACUCAGCUACCGCCAGGAGGCCUACUGGGCGCAGUACCGCGCCAACGAGGACCAGCUGUUCCAGCGCACGGCUGAGGUGCACUCACGGGUGCUCGCCGCCAACAAUGUGCGCCGCUUCUUCGGCUUUGUGGCACUCAACAAGGAUGACGAGGAGCUGGUUGCCAACUUCCCAGUGGAAGGCACACAGCCGCGGCCGCAGUGGAACGCCAUCACCGGCGUCUAUCUGUACCGGGAGAACCAGGGCCUCCCACUCUAUAGCCGCCUACACAAGUGGGCCCAGGGCCUGGCGGGCAACGGUGCGGCCCCUGACAAUGUGGAGAUGGCCCUGCUGGCCUCCUAGGGGUCCACUCCCCGGGCUCUUUGCACUGCUUGGUCCCAAACCGAACCCCACUGCCUGCUCACACCAGCAUCCAAAGGGGAUUUUCCCCCCUAAACUGGCUUCUUGGGUAAACAGGCCAGGGGUGAGGGACGCAAGGCAAUCUUGGGUGCAGAGAGAUCCAGUAGACAAUGUCGUCAGCUCUGACCUGAAGAAAUUCCAUCUCCUGUUCCCACCAGCCUACCUGGUCAACAGCUUGGGAAAAGACUCUUUCCCAGAACUGGUCUCUGAUUAACUAUGACAUGGGUGAUCUUUUAUCGUUGGGACUCCAAGCUGGGAUGCCCCAGCUGGCAGGUCCAGGUGACAGUGAAAGUCACCAGUAGGCUCCUUGUACAGUACAUUAUGCAGUUAACUUGUGUCUAAUUGCAUAAGGACACCCAGCUCAGCAGUGCACCACUGGGAGGUUGUCCUUCGGUGGAUGCCUUUGGCCUUAUUUUAUACACUUGAAUUUUUGAUAAAGCUUUUCUUACUAUAAGGGA